AUGUUCAAUGUAUUAGAGAAUUCAUUUCACGACAUUUCCAACGAGCCUUUCGAUUUGUCGAUAUCAAACACGUAUAUCGAGUACAUUAUGUCAGCCGACAAUACUUCUCAACAAAUAAACAAAACCAUUCGUAAGGACGUGGAGAAAAUAGUCGAUAAAUGCGAUAUCGAAGAUAUUUGCGCUCAAUGCGAUGCAGCAUCGAAUAAGACUGUUAGCUACUGCCGAUGUUGGAAAUCGAAAAAAUUUCCAUUUUGCGACGGGUCGCAUAAUGCUUGGAAUAAAGAAACAGGCGACAAUGUCGGCCCGUUGGUGAUUACGAAAAAACAAGCGUAG